AUGGAGCUCAACCUUGAAGAGCAGGAACCCACCGUGCUGGAAUACGCACGCUUCCAUGGGCUCUGCAAAGACUACACACAGGACGAAUUACUCCUCAGUGUCAUUCAGGCUUCAUCGGAUGAAAUUUUUGAUUCAGAUCUUCGGGAUCCUGCAGAUGCUCCUCCAGUCACUAACCCCGCCACUGAACUAACGAGAGAGCGAUUAGCUGUCAGCAAAGAAGCUGUACUUCUGCUAAAGGCAGUCCACUCACUCCAGGAGCUUUCUGAUGACGCGCAUGCGAUCGAGAAUGGGAGAAAGCGCAUCCUCGGCCUGAAGCAGGAAGUUCCGAUUUUGUGCACCGACAACGACCUCGAUCUACUGCAUUUCGGAAGUAUUGCGAUCCCGAGCUUUAACGACGUGAGAAUCCCACUUGAGCCAGUUGAUGAAGAGAAUGAUGAAGGGUUUGAGUGGCCGUCGAAGUAUUUUGCGUAUCCGGCACAAUGCAAUGAGCGAGCGAGCGCUGAAAAGCUAGCCGUCUCAAGGGAGGUUCUCAUCCAUCUACAGGACGCCAUAAGAGACUCAUACACGCCCGAGGACUCAGACCAGAUUAAAGCUGAAAGUCUCAACUACAACCUCAACACAGCAGCACAGCCUCUGACCCCGCCACUGUUACCUCUAUCGCCGCCAUUGACGCCAUACAUUCCCUCUUCUCCCGGAAAUCGCCUCGAGCUUCUCUCAGAAGAAUCGCAUUCAACGGCUGCAGAGGCCAAAACACUUGAGCUGCAGAUCAUGGCAACUGAUGCUCCUGUGCUUCAUGGAUCGGACGAUGGCGACCUGAUGUUGUUCGAUAUAGCCGAAGCAUGGAAUGACAGUACUAUCUUCGAUCAACCAACAUUGCCGACCCCAAAGCGAAGGCUAGAGGACCUGCGGGUCGAGGGACCGCUUACGCCACCUAUGUUCUUCGAGUCGCCGGCGAAGAAACUGAAAUCGGUAACGUUCUCAGACAUGCCUCAAUAUAUCCCAGAACUGCCCUCGGACUAUGAGAACGGCGAUGAUAUUUUGAGCCCUGAGGAUGACUUUGCCGGCUUCUACAGGGGAGCUGAAGCAGCAAAGGGAAGAGUCGAGCAUGAGAGCCUCUCGGGCGCAGACACCACAAAGCGAGUUGAUGCCCCCCGUGUCGAUUUCGCUCUACCGGUGGCUCCUUGGGAUGAAUACAAACACAAUCCCCGAAUUCCCCAAGCUCAAGAGACAGCACUAGAUGCACAGAUGAAGCUGCUGCUCCAAGUAAAGCGAAAUGAUUUAAAGUCCGCUACAACGUGGCAUGGAAAUUCUAAGCUCGAUAAAGUGUUGAAUUGGGAUCCCUUUCCCUUUCAGUCAGCAACGGUCACAAUCGACGAAAAGCUCCACGGCGAAGAGAACCUAAGCAAAGUGCUUGCCGAAUUGACUUUAGGCGAGAUUGCCACUAGCUCGACGGAUCUCUGGAAGAGGGACGGGCUCCGGCUUCUCGAAGAUGAAGAAGACAGCGAGUACGAGCUAGAGCCGGUCGAGCUACAAGAACACAAAGAUAUGGAAGCAUUAAUCAGAAAACGAAAGCUGGAAAUGGAAGAGGCGGUUUCUGACGCGGCUUUGAAGCGCAAGGAUACACAGCCAGCAGAGUGGAAGCCCCCUCAACGUUUGGGAUCCGGCCGCGAAAGCCUUGAGAGUCAUCACUGGAACGGAGGAGCGCCACGGCUCCGCAAAGGUCCCAAAACUCGAUCCAAGACAAGUGAGCCCCAGCACGAGAAACCCUCUCGAAGCAAAACUUCGGGAGCGCCGAAUGAACUAGACAGAAGCCUCAUGUUCGGUGGGAGAUUCUCGGCGUCAUCCGCUCUUGAGAACUUCAUGGCUAUGCACGGAGUGUCUGCAGAACCGGCUAAGGCAGCGGAAAAUCGGGAGUCCGCCGCCACCCGACCUCCGGCUUCUUCAAUGACAGUACCAGUCCGCUCAGCAGAGCAGUCAUAUGAAGCUCUAUCCAGACCUUCCCACGCUUCUGAAGAAAAGCUGCCGAAACUCCCAUCUUUACCUAAAGAUUUACCGCCGUGUUCUUUCAUUAUCUCGUUAGCCUUUUCUCAGCAACGAAGCCUUACGAAACAAUUAGAGAAGCUCUACCAGGACGCAGAUUUGGUUGUCCGGGACUUCGAUUUACCGCAUUCAGCGUCCAGAGAAGCGGAUCUGAUCCUGUCCCCUUCGACUGGCCUGAUCAUUACGACGUUGCAGCAGAUAAAACAACGCGCACUCCCUGGGCAGCCUGACACAUCGCCAAUCAAAGAGCGCAUCUCCACCCUUCAGUAUAGAUAUGAGAGGCUUGUGGUGAUGGUCACUGACGGCCUCAGCCGAGAGGCGGAAGAGUAUGGAUCUGGUCGGCCGGUAGAUCCGCGCGAUCAAGCAGCAAUAUCGCAAUUCGAGAGCUUUGCUUCUCGGAUAGGAGGUGAAGUACUUGUAAGGUACGUGCCCGGUGGUGAACAGGCACUCGCUCGAUCGAUUGUCGGAGAGAUGGCCAGAUACGGGUUGCCCCAUGGAUCCAGAGAUAUUGGAGACAUCAAGCCACUGCCGGGCGAGACUACCUGGGAGCUCUUCCUCCGUCGCGCGGGUCUCAACCCACUCGCCGCGCAAGUCAUCCUCGCACUGCUGAAAGAAGAUGUGGAUUAUCCGCUCACGCCCAGCUCUCCUCAUUUCACUGGACAGGCCUCCGUAACCUUACCAGUCUUUGGUCUGCAUCGUUUUCUGCUCAUGUCGGAUGAGCAGCGGGUGCAGAGCUUCCAGACCAUGCUCGGUGGGAGCAGGAUCUUGAAGAGGGUGAAUGCGUUGCUGGAUCAAGAGUGGGUUAGUGCGGCGCAUGGCUUUCGGAUGUGAGGGGUUUAUGUGGGAGAUGAGAUGGUAGGAUGUUCUGGGGGAAGCUAUGGCAGGCUGUGGGAUGUUUCGGGAAGAUGGUGUUGUAGGUGACCAUUCGGCUUUGGAGCAUUUCAUUCAUUUGCCCACACUUGCAAAUUCCCCUUCGCCCUCCCCGCCUCAAACCCUUCGCUACCCACUCCACACAGGCGGCCCCGGCGGCACAUACCCCAACAGCCCCGUCUCCGGCCACUCAUAGAUGUGCUCUGGAACCCAGAUCCCUGUGUCCCCCUCUCCAUCAGUCACGGUCCAGCUGCACAACGAUGAC